AUGGCACUACAACGUUUAGGGAACACUGAAAAGCGAUUAAUGAAGAACCAGGAAGUGGGAGAUUCUUACUCAAAGACUAUUGAACAGUAUCUGGAGAAAAGAUACAUACGCAAGAUUAAUCAGGAUGAGGAAAAGUCCGGGAAAUGGUUUCUUCCGCAUUUACCUGUCAUCCGGCCAGAUAAGAGCACAGCAAAGACACGUAUUGUGUUCAACGCAUCAGCAAAGCAUUGUGGUGUCUCAUUAAAUGACAUGAUUCACUGCGGAUCAAAACUUCAAAAUGAACUUUGUGAUGUGUUAAUUAGAUUUAGAUUCAGUGUGGCAAUAGUAUGUGACAUUACAGAAAUUUACUUAAGGAUUAAGGUUCCACAGGAAGAUGGACCUUAUCAACAAUUUCUCUGGCGUUACGUUAAACCAGAAGAGAAACCAGAUGUGUACGAAUUUAGCAAUGUUGUAUUUGGAAUAAAUUCGUUGCCACUUCAAGCACAGUUUGUAGCACAUACCCAUGCUGAGACUAACAGAGAAACUUACCCCAUGGCAGCAGAGACUGUUUUGAAAUCCACCUACAUGGACGAUAGUAUGGAUUCAGUAUCUACCGAGGAGGAUGGAGUCAAACUCUACAGGCAGCUAUCAGCAUUGUGGGAAAAGGCCGGCAUGUAUGCCUGGAAGUGGCGAUCAAACUCAGUGGGGGAACUGCAGCAUAUCCCAACAGAAGAUGUUGUUCCCGAAGUUGACCUGCACGACAACCGUUUAUCAUCCGUAAAAACCCUUGGUGUGCUAUGGAGGGCCAAAUAUGACAUCUUUAUAUUCAAAGCAAAUCCACCAGAGGAUGAUUUUGCUUACACAAGCGGAUUUUCUACGGAUAUCGCAAUGCUGUUAAACCCUUUGGGUUCCUAG